AUGCAGGAGAUAAUAGAGCGAUAUAAGAGGCAUACUAAAGACAAAGUUCAACCUGAAAACCAAGUUGGGGAACAGAAUCUGCAGCAUAUGCAGCAUGCGGCAGCAAGUUUGAUGAAGAAGAUAGAGCUUCUUGAAGAAUCUAAAAGGAAACUCUUAGGAGAAGGUCUGCAGUCCUGUUCCCUUGUAGAACUACAACAGAUAGAAAAACAGUUGGAGCGGAGUGUCAGUACCAUCCGAGCACGAAAGAUUCAAGUUUUUAAGGAACAAAUUGAACGACUAAAAGAAAAGGAGAAAAUCCUUGCUUCUGAAAAUGCAAUACUGAGGGAGAAGUUUGGUGGCCUUCAACAGAGACAAGGCUCAAGUGGAGAAAAGGAAGGUGAAGCUCUUUGUACAGAGAGUAGUGAAAAAUCAGAUGUGGAGACUGAAUUGUUCAUCGGACCAUCCGAGUGCAGAAUAAGGCGUCCCUUACAGAAUUAAUAGGUGAACAAUCUUUUGGACUAUCUGCAGUUAAGGGUAUAUAACUAAUUGUGAAAAUGGUCUUCAUGCUAAAUAAUUGUGCAUUUUUUAUCAAGCAACUAAUAAGACGUAUGUCUCUUAGGCGCAGCUGAUGGAACUUUUGAUCACUUCUGAGAUGAUUUGUACUGGGAUGUGUAUUAUAUUUUCCUUUGAUUGACACUCUUAGUUAAUAAGUUCCUUUCUUUAUGAAGUUAAGCACCUGUUUAGCUGCUUUCAUAUUUGUGGAACAACUAUAUAACAAAACAAUAUUCUAAUCACUCUUUAUGUCAGCAAAAUCUUAAGCAUCAUGGAUAUUGACUUUCUUGCUUGGCUCU